AUGGUAUCACUUUCGAAUGCUUACUCAAAUACUGAUUAUUUUGGAACAAAACGUCAAAUUCUUGCAAUUGUUGCAACGGAUUUUCCAAGAUCGACACUCAAAGCGUAUUUUCCCGGUGUUACAGAUGAUUUGAUCAAAGAAGCUCGAAAUCAUGCUUAUAACAGUGGUAAAGGAGCACCAGUUCAAAAUAAAACAAAAACAAUCGAACGUUAUGAUGAAUCGAAACUUCUCCAUUUUCUUGAAUUUGUUCUCUCACCAGCAAUUACAGUAGAUGUACCAUUCGGUAUUAAACAUUUGAAGCUGACAACCGGUGAAAAAUUCGAUGUUCCCAAUACGAUUAGAAAUACUACUCAUUCACGUAUUAUUCGACAAUAUUAUUCUUUUUGUGAUGAAACAACUGACGGAAGUUUCAUACCAUUAGGUGAUACAACUUUAUUCGAUAUACUCAAACGCUGUUCUGCAUCAAUCAGAAAGAGUCUUGCAGGUCUUGAUUCUUAUUCUACGAAUGGAUCUAAUGCAUUUGACAUUCUGACAACAGUCUGUGAAGAAUUAGCUGCAUUUCACACUACCCUCAACCAUAUUAAGACAUUGAUUGACAAUAAUACUCAUCUAUCUGAUAAUCAACGUAUUCGCUAUCAGACAAUAUACAAACGUCAAUAUGAACUGAUACAAGAAUGGAAGAAACAUCAACUGCGAACAGUGCAUCAAGAAGCUGCAAAAGAAUAUGUACUUGAACAACUGGAUGCAACAAGUGUAUAUUUGCAAAUCGAUUGGGCAAUGAAAUGGCUGCAAUUGAAGUACAGAGAAUCACAAAGCGAAUGGUUUGGUAAAAAAGGACUACCGUGGCAUUUAACACAUAUUAUUCGUGUCAAAGAACCAUCUACCACGACGCCUUCUGCUAAAUCAUUUGAACAUCGAACAAUGUGCCACGUGUUCAAUUAUUGUGGUCAAACAGGAAAAACCGUUGUCAGCAUUUUAGUUGACGUUCUCAAGCGUCUUCGAGAAGAAAAUCCAAAGCUUGAGAAAGUUUAUCUAAGGUGUGACAACGCGGGCUGUUACCAUGGCUCUGAAUUAUUAUUAUCAAUCAAAAAAAUAUAUAAUGAAACAGGUGUUUUAAUAUGUCGUAUUGAUUUUUCAGAGUCACAAUCAGAUGAUGUCGAUGGCGACGAAGAAGAGAAUGUUAACAACAGCACAUCAUUAGAGGAAAGUGAGAUGGAAGUUGAUCAGCUCUCUUUGCAACCUCGCUUGUUACCUUCUGGUUUUUAUCUUUUUGACUGUCCUCAUCCAAAAUGUAUAAAACAAUUUCGUCGAUAUUUUAAUCUCGAAAAACAUCUGACAAUUGGGAAACAUGUUUUCAUGCAAACAACAGUUCCAUUACUUGAUCGAGCCAAAUUACUUUACAAGGAACUAAUUGACAACGACAGUAAUCGUAUAUCAAUUUCCUUGAAUCAAUUCAAUAAUCUCAUAUCAACAACUACAUCAUCAAUUGGAACCAUACGAUCACAAGGAUGGGCCUUACCACAGAAAAAACCACCUACACACUAUAGUAGUGAUGUAGUCAACUUUUUAGAGAGUGCAUUUAAUGAAGGUGUGGUGACCGAUAAUAAAUGGGAUCCUGCUGCAUUAUCUCAGGAAAUGGUUUUUGCUCAAUUAAAUGGACAACCACGUUUCAAUGAAAAUGAUUUCUUAUCUCCUGAACAAAUCAAAACAUAUUUUUCCAAACUGAAAGCAAAGCGAAGUAAAGAAGGUAGUCAAUCUCAAUCACAAUCAUUGACACCACUUCCAAGCAGCUCCAACAAUAGUGUAGUUGAUAAAAAUACAAUGGACAACAAAGACGAAAUGAUGAUCGAUGAUCAAGAUUUAGAUGAAAAAGAAAUUUUAGAUGAACAAAUCGAUGAUUUUGAUUCAGCAAUGGAAACCACACAACUCAGUUAUCUACGUUCUAUGGCUGAGAACAUUCUUUAA